AAAAUAAGAAGAAUCUUUUGUUUGAAAGACUCAAAUGAUUUCGCGAGACUCUAAAAUUAGGUGUCAAGUUAUCUAAGAAUGAAAAUGGUCUUAUGCUAGAACUUUAAUAUUAUAUAUUGGUUUUAAAAAACUAGGGUUUUGUCUAGGUUUUCUAUUUUUUUGUCAUCGUAUUCAUAAAUCACGGUAAUGUUUUCUAUUUAAGAAGCCGUUAAACUAUUUUUAGGAUAGUUUUUGAUGUUUUAAUAGAAAAAUAUUUAUUUUAAGCUUUUAUUGUUCUUGAUUGAACUAAAUUUAUUAAAAUAGGAAGCUGAUCUUAAGUCGGUAUUGCAAUUUUCAAACUAGAAUUGCCAAAUCUCUUAGGUAAAAAAAUUAUGACUAUCGAAUUAGUCAUCUGAUUAUUUUUAUGUAAUUUUAUAUGGUUUUUGAGAUUUUUAACUAAUUUUUUUCAAAAUUUAAUAUUAAGUUCUACUAAUUCAUUAAUUGUAUUAUUAUACAUAGCGUAUAUGAUAGUUCACAUUUUUUUAUCAUAUAAUGUUAUAAAAUAUAUUUGAAUAGUAUGAUGAGUAGAAAUGGAUAGCGUGAUGCCAUUGUUCGUAAUCGAUUGUUCGUAAUCGUGGACGAUAUUGUAGAGAUAAUGGAUAGUGUGAUGCCAUUGUUCGUAAUCGUGGACGAUAUUGUAGAGAAUAUAAGCCUUGGAGUUGCUCUUAGAAGCUACCCAAAAAAAUUAUAUAUUUCAUAUACACAUAUUAAGUAAAACUUAAUAAUAUACUAAGUAAAAAUUAAGGAAAUAUUAAGUAAAAAUUAAUAAUAUAUUAUAAAUAUAGUAAUGUGACUCAUAUGUAUAUCUCAUAUACACAUAUUAAGAAACAAAUCAAUGUUUUAUUAUAAAUAUAUAAUUACUUACAAAAUAAAGAAUUUUCUAAGAAUCUCAGCUAUUGUAUUUUAAGAAAUUAAUUAUUCUAAAUAAUUAUUUUCUUAAAAUUUAAGAUUUGUCACCAUUAAUUAGUCAAGAAUGCAUACAAAUCUAAAAUGACUAUUUUUAUAAGGUACAAUAUCUCAGUUUAUAUAUAUAAUAUUUUUAUAAAUAAAUUCAAAAUACCUCUAAAGUUUAAACCAAUAUUAAUUUAAUAAAAUUAAUGAUUUUCACUAGAUAUAUCGUAAAGUAAUGACUCUCAACUAAUAAAAUUGUAUUAAAAUAGGUGCAUUUAUUUAUAAAAGCAAAAGAAAAAUCUAUUAAAAGUUAUCUUUUAGAAAAGAAAAAUUUAUUUUUAAAAAUCAAAAAGUAUUGAACCGCAAAGAAUACAAAAUUUUGCGGGAAACAAAGAUCACCCACUAGUAUAUAUAUAUAUGUGUACUAGUUAUUUUCCUACACCAUAUGCAGAGUUAAAAAAUGGUAAAAGUUUAGAUUUUAUUAAUUGUAUACCAAUAUUUUUAUAUAAAUAUUAAUUUACUUGAACAUAAAAUUAAGAUAAAUAAAUAAUUUUAUUUAUUUAAAAUUAUAUUUAGUAGAGGUCCUUCACCAUGAAGAUUGUAUGCUUUCAUUUUCACUCAACAAUGAAAGCUAAACGAAACCGAUUAUAAUAUCCUUUUACUUAUGUCGAAAGAUUUGAUUUGCUAUUUGAUUUCGGACCUUGAUUAUUUUGACUAUAUUACUAGAUUGAUAGCUAAAACUACUCAAAAAGGUUAGAUAGAUUUUCAUUUAUUUCUUUGGGUUAAGAUAUAUUAAAUUAACUUGUAUAAGUUUCAUAAAAAAUAGAUAUAAUUUUCAUUAAAAAAAAAACGUCGUUAAGAUUAAAACUUCUAAAAGGAUGCUCAUCUAUUACGAUUAAAACAAUUUAUAAUUUCUUUAAAAUAAAAAAUAAAAUUUUGAAAAUCUUGCUUAUUAAAAAAAUUGUAUGAUUGUAAAAGCAUACUUAAAUAAUAUUUUAAAUCUGUAAAAAUAUUUUAUAUUUCUAUUAUUAUAUUAUUUAUUGACAUAUUUGAAGAGAUUUCUUUUAAUGAUAUGUAUGAGUUAUUACCAUAUUUUAGAAAAACAUUACCAAAAAUAGAAAUCAACAUUAAAUGUAGUUGACCAUGUCACAUUUAGUCAUAAGCCAUAUCUUUUUUCUAGUAUGCAAUAUCAUUUUUUAGUGAAAGUGAUUGCAAAGAUGACAUGUUAUAGAGAAUUUUGUAAAAGAAAAUUUCAUCAUCGCAGAAAUUAAAAAUCCACCACAAUCUGUCUCGCCUCUAUAGCCAAUCUUUAGUAGCCCUUACUUAUUCUCCUCUCCUUUUUUUAUUCGAUGUUUACGUUCAUGGAUGCAGCCAGAGUGAAACUUGCUCUUUCCACCAACCCACCGAGCGAAGUUGAUCAGCUAAGCAGUUUGCCAGAUUGCUUGAUAUUCCAGGUAUUCUUAAAUCUCCCGACCAAAGAUGUGGUUAAGACUAGUGUGUUGUCCACCAGAUGGACAACUCUCUGGAAAGACGUACCUGGUCUGGAUUUGGACCCCAAGGAUUUCAAUAUACACGAAACAUUCGUGAGUUUUGUCGAUAACUUUCUUGAACGCAACCGCAAUUCGUCCAUACAUCGGUUUAAGUUAACGUACGAUUCUUCUUACUUUGAAGAGCCUGGUCUUGUCAAUCGCUGGGUCGAAACGGCUGCUAGGCUUAAAGUUGAACAUCUCGAUGUUUCAGACUAUUGGGAUCCCAUCAUGAAUCCAACAGUUUACACUUGUAGUAGCUUGGUGUCCCUAAGGCUCGCGAGAAUGAGCUUACCUAAUCCAGAGCUUGUUUCUUUACCUUCUCUCAAAGCUCUGGUUUUAAUCCUCGUUGUGUUUACCAACAAAUGGGCAUUAGAGAAUUUAAUCUCAAAAUGCCCAGUUCUUGAAAACUUUUCUAUUGAGAGACGCUACGGUGAUGGAAUACCGAUUUUACGUGUGCAUUCUAAGUCUCUGUUGACCUUCGUGCAUGAUGCGGGUAAUCACGAGGAUUAUGAUGAAGAGGAAUAUGAUGAAGAUCGUAAUGUUGAAAUUGAUGCUCCCAUGCUUAAGUAUUUGAUGAUCAGUGAUGGUCUAACUUCAAGUUUCAUAAUAAAGAGUCCACCUUCCGCUGUAGAAGCUGAUAUAGAUAUUGUGUUUAACUUGACUUCUGAAAGGAUACUCGGAGUUGCAUAUGAAGUACAAAAGAUAGAGAUGGUUCGUGAUUUUCUCUUCGGGAUCUCUAAGGUCAAGGAUAUGAGCAUCUCCUCAAGUGCUCUCCAGGUCAUAUAUGAUUACGCAAGAUAUAUACAACUACCGGUAUUUCGUAACGUAUAUACCUUGUGUGUCAGGUUCGACAGCUACAUGUGGGAGAUGUUGCCAGUCUUUCUUGAAGUCUGUCCGAAUCUAAAAAAUCUUGUUGUGGAAACUACUGAAAAUUACCACAUGGUGGGAAUUAUUGUUACUGCCAGACCUUGGAAUCUGUUAUCAUCUCCAGAGCAUGUUGACAUAGAAAGGCCACUGAAAGGGGAGGCGUUGGAGAUGUCACUAGUGGGUUACUUACUCGAGAACUCACCAAACCUCAAGAAACUAUCAUUAAGCUUGGAUGAUGCCCCAAAGAAAGGAGAAUCUGGCAUCUACAUAGAACUCCUUAACUUUCCGAGACUCUCUAGGUCAUGCCAAAUUAUUGUACGAUGAUCCUCAUAGUCAUCGUCAAUGGACAUAUAAGUUUGUCUUUGAUAAUUAUCUGUUGCUUCUUAGUUUAUUAUGACAUUGGAGUGUUGAUGUUGGUAUGACAAUUAUAGUAUUUAUCAUAUUUAUGAGUCAUAAGUAUUGAUUUAUCGUGGCUAAAGGUAUGUGCUAUGGAAGUUGAGAAGAAGGUUAUGUGCUUCCGUCAAAUUUUGUCUUGCAUGGCUAUACAUAAUUUUUUGUAUUAAAAAAACAAUUGGUACCUAUAUAAUAAAAAUUUGUUUUGAAAAUCACAAAAAGCAUUUCUGGAAGCACACUUCUACCUCCAAAAAAUAACCUUUUUACUAUUGGGAAUAACAUCUCAUCAAGUUUCUGAUUAUGUUUCAAUUCAUUAAGAAUAAAAAAAAUGAAAAACAAGAAAAAAAUAAAAAGAAUUUUUUAUUUGAAAGACUCUCAAACGAUUAUGCGAGACUCUAAAAUUAGGUGUCAAGUUAUCUAAGAAUGGAAAUGGUCUAAUGCUAUAACUUUAAUAUUAUAUAUUGGUUUUCAACAAUCAGGGUUUUUGUCUAGGUUUUCUAUUUUUUGUCAUCGUAUUCAUAAAUCACAGUAAUAU